GGCUCACACAGCUGUGUGUUUCGUAGUUUUUAUGUUUUGCGAGAGUACCUGUCUCGAGAAAUGUCGGAGAUGCGAAGACGAUUUUCACAAUCGUAGCACAAUGUCAGGGACAAGUAACGCACCGGAAUUUUUCGCGGCAGGCUAUUUCCAUAAGAUGAUGUCAAGCGGAUAAAUUAUGCCACGAAAAGAGAACACCAAAGCGAAAACAUGGGAGCGAGACAGAAGAAAACGUAUGAACACAUAUUUCAAAACAUUGGCGGAUCUUUUACCGCCCCAUCAGGAAGGUCGCAAACUCAACAAAGUCGACAUUCUAAUUCACGCUACAAAAUAUAUAAAAGACCUGCAUAGUCGUACCGAAGAGUUGUUCUCUAAUCGUGCAACUGAGGCACAUAAGGAAGAAUUGAUUCGUUUGAAAAAGCUCGUGACUCAACUAAUGUCUCGUACUCAAUUACUAUCUACUCUUCUCAAAGAAGCAGGAAUUUCUAUACCAACUGAACCAGCUCUUGAAAAAAUAUCCCCUUUAAAAUGGUCCAACAAAAUUAAUGUUGAUGAUAUAGAUAAAUAUUUUGAUAAGAUUGAAGAAAAAAAAACUGUAGGAACAAAAAAGAAGGAAAAAUCUGUGGAAAAUAAAGUGCCUUCUAAGAGAAAAUCUGUGACAUCAUCAGCUUCGAAAAAGCUGUCUGAAGAAACUGCUGUUGAUAAGAAUGUCUGUAAUUCGAUAGAGAAUCAGGAGAAUCGGGUGAAUUGCACCAAUAGCAAAAAUUAUAAUUCCGAUAAUACGAAUAGUGUAGCAGUAGCUGAAACUGGAUCAAAAGAAACAGAACAUUGUCAAAAUGAUUCUAUUAAUGGAGCCACUGCUACGGAUAAUACAAUAAAUACAAAAAAGAAACGUGUGGAAAAGAAAAUUAAAUCCCAAAAAACGUUGAAGAAGAAAAGUAAACGUAAAGAUAAGAAAAAAGCGGCAUUACCACCUGCAGUCAGUACUGUCACCAAUUUAACUCCCAAUACCCUCAUUUUCUCCGAUGGAAAGUUGAUGCCCUUGGUAGCUCCGAUGACAUCGAAUAUCAUUGUAAAUACACAGCAAGCGCCAACUAAUCCAAUUAUACUCAGUAGCACGCAGCAGAAUCAGAUGAUUGUGAUGCAGCCUUUGGCAAAUCGCGUUCAAAAUUCUGUCGUCUCUAUAUGUAAUCACGCUUUGAUCAACACUGUACAAAAAGUCACUCUGAACACUCUACCGGCGGCUAUUCACGCAAACAUGGUUGUCGAUUCUCACAGUUCGGUGUCCAAUGUGAAGAAUAUAAUCAACGCUACGAAAAUCGGUGGGCAUAAGGGCAUCUUGCCGAAAAGCAAAGAUACUACAAAGACGACCAUGACUUACAAAAUGCCUAUUCCGGCGAUACACAAGGAAAAACUGGAAAAGCCAAAAGACAGUGCGAAAAAAGAAUUGGAAGUGAAAAAAAGUUGCAAAAAUCACUCCAAAAACUCUAAAAGUGUUUUAAAUACGCCGGAAGUGAUUGAGGAAAAUAUCGAGAGGAAAUCGUCGAAAGAAAAUACUAUCAAGGUUCAAGAAGAUGUAACCACUGUGCGAAAAGCCGCUCUUAAACGCACUUUAUCCGCAGAAUCCGAUUCAGCAAAUGAACCGGAAGACAAAAAGCGAAAGAACACAAACAGCGAGAUAAAUACCGCUCAACCGAUCAUUUCGAAAGCGUCAGAUUUUAACAUCACUUGCAAAUCUAUCGAAAGUUUAAAGUAUGUUAUAGAGAAAAUAGGAGAAGAUAUCCCAAAUAAGCAUGUGACUACGAGUAACGAAAAAGAAUCUGGCGUUACGGAAUCAAACGAUGCAAUUAUGGAGGUAGCGAAUGAUGCGAGUCAUGAAAAUACGUCCAAAACAGACAAAAUGAUAAAUAUCGUGGAGACAAAUUGCCUCGAUAUGGACAAGGAAACAACCGAUACUGUGACGUCGCGGACUGUUUCGGACAAGUUUCCCAACGAAUUGCAUGAGACGGAUACGGCCGAUCAAUCGUCCAACAAUUUUAACAUGUCGAUAGACAAUAUAGCGGAGAAGAAUGAUGAAAACACGGAGAAUUUAGGUGCGAAAUCGACCUUGACUGAUAUUGAUGUGGCGGAAAAGGCUGUAGGUUCAAAUGAAUCAAAAAAUGAGUGCAAUUUAGGCAAACGUUUCGAUAAUCUUUUACGCGCGACGACAGCCAAGGAGAAGCAACAGACGCAAUGUGACACAAUGUGCACCGCAGAUAGUAACAAGAUCAUUCUAAAUUUAGAUACAAAUACUACGACAACUAUGAAAUCCGACGCGAGUGCGAAUGUUGUCGAUGCAGUAGCAUCGGUACCGAUAUCUUCAUCAUCGUCAUCAAUAUCAUCAUCAACAUCGUCAUCGUCUUCGUUGCUAUCUAGCAAUGUAAUUAACGAUGAGACUAAAUUGACAAAAACUUCGAAGGAUGAGAUGUCAAAAUCAUUAUCAUAUACCAGUGAAAAUACAUUUGUACCGAUCAGUAACAGAACUGAUGGAUUACACUCGGAUUUAUCUAAUGAUAUAUUUGCAUCGUUGCAAGUUCCGUCUAGUUCGCAUAAUUCGGAAUCGAUAUCGCCUACAGCAGCGUUCUUGAUGUCUUUUCCGUUGGUGUCGUCUUUGAACGGCAAGACUGAAGUCUUGGAUGAGGAGAUGAAAGAAGACUUCAAGUAUCACAGUCAGACUCCACCGAUGCUGUUACAAAUCGGCACCAUAGAGCCGAAUAGUUUUAAAAUUAAGACGUCCUCUCCGUCUCACGCAAUUGCAGAGAAACGAUUAAAGGCGUCUUGCGAAGAAAAAUCAGUCGCAUCGACGAACACAGGCAUAAUUGCUCCUGUAGAGUGCUCCACGACAAAAUCAUUACCAAAAGUGAUGAGCGAGGAGACAUUGCGGGAACCGUAUAAAAUAGUUCAAACUGUCUUAACAUCGAGUUUGGAAAAACCUGUGACAACUACCAAUGCAUUUUUUUCUCAUUCCUCAGUUAGUUUCUCCGCUGUGGAUUCCUCGUGCAUCUCUUCAAGUUUAGCAGCAAGUCAAAGUCGCUCGAGUCAACUGAUGACAACGAACGCGCUGAAUAACGUCAAUGUCGUCUCAUCUCAAACUUCUCAAGUGAACAUUUCUGCAUCUACGGAUAAAAGCGAUAUUAUGAAUUGCGUGACCCAAGAAACAACGAAUCGUAAUUCUGACAUAGCAUAUUCCGGAGCGCCAAACUUUUUGCCAAACUAUUCGACGGUAAAUAAUAGCGUGGGAACGUCGCAACAAACACCGAGCUUAUCUGUAUACAAGGACGCCAUGACGACAACUCAGAAUCCGAAUUCUACAUCAGUCGUUUCGCGCAUCGAAACCACUGACAGCUCUCAGAAUUUGUUGGACACUCGCCUCGAUUGUGCGACAGUGACCACGAAUUCAUCAUCUACGACUUUGCGAUCUUUCCAAGUGGAUUAUUCAGACCAGGGGAAGGAUAAAGGCUCGCAAAGUUCAUCGCAUGUUACCUAUCCAUCGCACAACAAGGUCGCGCUUAUUGAUUCUGGCGGCAUUGUUUCCGAUCAUCGUGUCGAUUACAACAAUCAGAUAGAUAGAAGUCUUCCGGCGACAUCUUUGCCCAAUUAUUCUGCGACAACCAAGGAGUGUCCUCUUCCAACUUUUCCUUCUCAGGACAUGCAACCCAUGUACAAUCAAUCUAAGGAUAACCACGUUCUCUUAGAUUUAAAUGAUUCUCAACAAACGUUUGAUGUUCACAAAAAACAAGAACAUAUCAUUGCGAGCUCUCAUAAUAAUUAUGCGCAAACGAAAACGAUGUCGCAGAAGGACUCGAUAACAUACACAAAUGGCGAGACAAACGAGACUACGAGCGCUUCAUCGCGGAACCAAGAUUACAUCACAAAGACCGUAAAUCAGGAAAAUCCUUUCCAACGAAAUUACAACAAGCUGAGCAAAAGCACAGACACGUCAGACAAUCCGAAUCAGACGGAUCAGAAGACAAAAUUGAACAGUAUGCUCAGCUCCAAAUCUCAGGAACAGCAACAGCGGCACAAUCACAUACGCGACUCGACUUAUGUUCCCGCCAAGAAAGUGGACGUAGAUUCGUUUGUCCAAUCGUUCCAGUACGACGUUAAGGAGACAAUGAGUAAUUCGAGCGAACGAACAAAUGUUUUAAAUACCAAUGACACGCAUAAUAAUUAUGUUUCUUAUACGAAUAACAAGAAUAGCAAGAAGACGAAUGCUGUUGCUUCAACAAACGCUAUGGCCAACAGCAAAUUAACGGCUGUACAACAAAACAUCGUUCCACGCUAUUCGCAACAUACGUCGUCCAACUAUGAACAGAAUACGAUGACGGAGAAUCACGCCAAAUCCACUACCACUGUUGCUCACAACUCGUCCAACUUUAGCAUUCUCUCGUGGACGACAUUUUCACCGGUCAGCGGCAGCGGUGGUGGCGGUAGCAACAACAACAACCACAACAACAAUAAUAAUUUGAUGCACUUUGAACAAGUACAGCCACAUCCGAACGAUAAUACCGAGGCAAAGGCUAUUUGUGAAAGUUACAAUUAUGUACCGUUACACAAAGAGAAUACGAAUUUCUCCAAUCAAGUAUUGAUUAACGACGAUUAUCCAACCGUGUCAACUGGAAUCGACAAGUUGCGACAGGGAAAGAUUGAGCCACAGAAGCAGUCUUUUGUCGAUACUUCAAAAACCAGGAAUGACCCAUCGAAGCAACAAAAUAGGAUGCAGAGUCAACAAACUGACAAUGACUAUAAAUUCGGCGAUGGCAAUAAAAGCAAGAAUAAAUACAGUAUGGAUUCGGACUACAAUAUGCAGAACGAGUAUAGCACUGGCAUGAGUCAACAGCAGUCUCAACAGCAUGGUUCGAAGAAUCAUCAGAGUCUGUCGUCCAAGCAGGAAAAAAUGAUCUACACCUACGAACCACAUAACUUUGAUUUGGCGGAAAGUAAUGUACAGAUGAAAUACUCAAUCGAGGCUUACACUGGUACGAAUUUUAAAUAUGCGGAAAAAACUACGCAACAACCAAGUCAGCACAAGUAUCAGACUCUUGUCCAAGGACAAAUUUCUGUUCUGCCACACGACAACGGUAGUUACAAUAGCAGUGACGUAAAGCAUAACCAGCAGCAGCAGCAGCAACAACAACAACAGUCGCACAGCGGUAACAAUAAUAGCGGCAGCAAAUCUAAGAGUAAUCAGCAUCCACAGCACGCAGUCAAGGCGCCAGUUAACUGGAUGAUGACGCCGGAAGUGAAACAUAACUCUGCAAGCAUUGCCGAUAUUUUACCACCAAUUGGCAAGGAGCUGGAAUUUUGUCAAAACAAUUUGUUUACUCAGACGUCUACGUACAAUCAGAGCACUCCGAAUCAAUUUUAUAAUAAUUAUGACGCAGCCGCCGCUCAUAGCUUCCCGAAUUUGCCAGUUCUACAAAGUGAUCCAAAGAGGUCUACGGAAACUUUUUAUUCCGAGGAACAACCGUUUCCAUGGUCGCCGACGAAAAAUAGCGUGCACAAUAGUGUCGAACAUGUAAUUGGCCAAUCAUCGAUCAAAUGUAUCGAUCAACAUAUCGUACCAUCAAGUCUACAAUCUCUGGUGAGUGAUCUUGAUCUGAGCGCCAAUCUAACGGAGAAGCAGAAUUUCUUGUUCGCCACUGCAACUCCCUCAUCAAGGAUCUCCACAGAGCAGGGUAAAGAUACGUCGAUAAAGGAGAAAGAGACAAACAAUGUGUCGGGGCGAGAUUUGCAUGCAAUACUGAACACUCAAAAUGCGCAACAUUCGGCUUCCACCUUUUUAUCAGUGAGUCAGUUGGUGGAGCAUGAAAAGGCAGAGAAGAACCAUCAGCAGCAUCAUCAACAUCAUCAUCCACAUCAGCAUUCGCAGCAGCAACAACAACAGCAGGCUAGAAAACAUCAAAGGAAGAGUAACACAAGUCCUAGAACAACAAGUAAACGACAAAUGGAUAUUCGCAAGUCUACUACGACCAAUGACAACUUGCAUCAAAGGCACGAAGAACAAAAAUCUUCUGGACCUGUGUUUACGGAACAGAAUUAUCAGCCGCAACAGCAACAAAAAUACCAGCAGAAUAACGUUCAUUGGAGAAGCAGGAACUGUAAGAGCAAUUACACCGCGGAAGCGCUAAUUGGAACCAGCGUUCACGAUGCUGGUAGCCAUCAUCAGGACAAGCACGCGUCGAUCAAGUUUACAACCAACUAUCCGCAGAAUAAAUUCCAGAAUGGUUUGUCUGCUGCUGCUGCCAUGGAUGCUACGGUAAUGCCGAUUAAUUACUUUUCCAGUGCGCCCCCGCCAGACGAUGGCGCCGCAGCCGGUUACGGUCAAUCAGUGGUCAAUCAGAAUUUUAACACGUACGCAUAUUCGUCCAACUCUGCCAAUUCUAUAUAUCCUACCGGUAACUUUAUCACCAGUAUUUCUACCAACACGUCCAACAGUUAUAUGGGUAUGCAACUGCAUGACAAUACCGCCGAUUACGUGCAAGAGACCAACAGCUUCUUGUUGCCAAACAUGGGAGGAACGAGCUCGUCCAGCACCGCGAAUACAUCCAGUGCAAAUACAAUUUCCACCUCGACGAAUGCUAAUGGAAAGAAUCCUCAGCACUAUGGAAAACAUCCGAAUUGCGACAAACGUUCAUACUCCACUGCUGCGAAAAAGGGCAAACGUAAGAGCGCUAUUGAAGCUGGUCCGAUGCAGAAUCUUGCAGAAUUCCCACUGUCUGGCAUCAAUUCUCCAUUGGAAGACUACCAUCAUCAUUCGGCAACGUUCUUGGCGCCGCCGCCUCCGCCACCGCCCCACGCCAAUCCACUUUAUCAGAAUCAUCCGCAAACGAAUGUAUACGCUAAGACUGUCAAUGGUCUUCCUCCACCUCCACCGUCGGCCAUGAGUGCUCAAGGUGCCGCGACUAGUUUCUCGAUGAAUUCCAAUAUGGUGCGCGGAGGAAUCGUCUCGAGCAAUCCGAUGGCUAUGCCGCAUCAUCCCUCUGGAGGCACCAGUCUCACCAAUUUCAAUUUAACCACAAUAUUUCCUGAAAUGAAUGAUAAGGUCACCGGAUAUAAAUCUUCAAAUGGUAUACCAUCCGGCCUAUCGCAGACUGCAUCCAAUCAGACUGCAACCUAUACGCAACGAACUAAUUAUCCGUCGAAUUCUCUGUGUCAUUUGCCGCAACCAUGUUUAUAGAGUUUCUACACUUAAUAUGACCCGAUUACAUAUGGUUCUGAGGAAUAAUAUGUAUAUGUAUUAUUUGUAAGUACUGGAAAGUACGCGAUUUACCAAUAACGUUUACUUUCUGUUUUCUUUUUUGCCUCUAUCUUCCGACACACACAUACACACACAUACACACACACAUACAUAUAUACACAUACACAUAUAUGGAAUAAAUAUAAAAAUCUAUCAAUCUAUCAUAGUUUGUAAUACGAUCAAUCGGCAUUUGUAUAUAAUGUAAAU